AUACGACCUAUAGGCGACAAGGCAGGCAUUUGUUUACGCGCAUACGUUGCUAUGUCGCAUGAAAGAGUGACAUUGUGGUAAACGUGAUUAAUAUGUGGAAGUUUAUUAUUUUUGUAUGCUGCAUUCCAUUGGUGACGUCACAAUUUAAUCAACAGCGUGACCAUGACCAAUCUUGGAACAUAAAAUUAGCAGUGCCCGGAGCACCAGGCGGCGACUAUCCCACCCUCAAUACGAUACCGCGAACUUCCUUCACUUGCGCGGGAAAAGCACCAGGAUAUUAUGCCGACCAAGAAGCAAACUGCCAAGUAUUCAAAGUGUGUACUGCCGGGUCUACGUAUGGAUUUCAAUCAUUUUUAUGUCCAAAUGGUACAUUAUUUAACCAAGCCGUGUUUGUUUGCGAUUGGUGGAUGAACGUUAACUGUGGAAAAUCUCAAGAACUUAUCAAUAAAAAUCAACGCUUCGGAAAAAUUCAAUUAGGACCACAGUUAAUACAGGACGUUAAAAAAAUGAUAACCCAUCCCAUGAGAAAUCCAUAUAACUCAGGUUUCUUCCGAAAUAAUCUAGUUGUCAUGCAGGAAUACAAACCUCCAACAGAACAAUUUUAUCCGAAUGGAGCCAUAAUAUCCAACCAAAAUAAGAAUACAAAGAACGUAUAUGUACCAUAUAAAUCACUUUACAGAGAUCUUCAAUCAAGUAUAGAAAACACAAAUGAUAUAAACUUUGCAGCAUCUACAACUGCACCACAAUACAUUACCAACUUGAACUCAAUUCAGAAUACACCAACAAAACAGUAUAUCGACUACCAAAGAUCUCAAAACGCAAACAUAAACUCUUUUCAAAGCAGCCGCAAUGGUUACUUAAUACAAGGGCAAAAGGAACCAACAACACAGCUUAAUUUCCAGAAGUUUCAAACGCAAAAGACUAAUCAAGUACAAUAUAACUACAACCGCAAUAUACCAAUAAAACUACAAGAUCACACGUUUAACAAAAUUGCACAAGGAAACCCACCCAACCAGCAGAUAAUUCAACCACCAAGAUUUCACAACAACAAUGGCGUUGACACAAAACCUAAGACAAAACAAAACUCGGUAAGUACAGAAGCCACACCAACUAUUAUAUCGAAAACAAUAGCUUUUAAAACAAUUUUACCGGGUGAAAAACCUGGCCGUCCAAAGUCGAGAAUCACGUUUAAAACAUGGAUCCUGAAACCCAAGAAUUCUAAGUUAAUUGUAGAAAAUACUUCAUACAAUACUCCGAAAUCUCGUAUUUACAAAUCUAUACCUCAAAACAAUUCCGAGAAGUUGUUAUCAACAGUUGAACCUUAUGUUUACGAUGUUCCCCGAAAUAGUCUUGAUCUAGUCGAUAAAAAUAAUUUAUACUUUUACAAUCAGCCUACUAAUUCAAAACUCAUUACAAGUACACCAAACUAUAAUUCUCGCUAUGAUUCUCCAACUACAUUUCGUCCAACACUAUCCAGCAGACUAUAUUUGACACCACUUCCAGAUACUAUAGUAGCAACAACGCCCACUGAAUCCCUUUUUGAAUCACCAUCAACUUAUGCCCCAUUUAGUAAUACAUAUAUUCCACCUAAUGAUGUCGAAAAAUUGUCUCGGCAGUACUUAUCACCAGAAUUUCAAUCUCAACAAUUACAAAUAAAGAAAAAUGCUAGGUUAACAGCUGCGUCGUCGUCCCAAUCUCCACAAUUUGAAUUAUUUAAUAUCAAAAAUAAUCGUAGGCCCACAGUGGAUGUAAGAAAUCAGUCACCAGAUAAUACUAAAGAAAAUAACAUUAAUUUCAAUGAUGUCCAUACAAGAAAAAAAGUAGACGUAACAGUAAACGACAUAGUAAAAAAUACUUUCACAAGAAAACCAAUAUCUGAAUAUAGACAAAUAAAUAACAUUAACCGAAAUGUAUUAGAAUCUCAAAGAUAUAUCGGUAGCAAAGAGGAAGUAACAUCUGAAUUUCCUUUUAUUAAAACGAAAAGCGCUAAAUUAGUUGCAAGUCCUUCAAUCGACUUACAACCACCCAUAGAAAACGUUCAAAAUUAUGUGUCAUCUAACAAAUUUUCUAAUUUACCUUAUUAUAAAGAGCCCACUAACACAAUUGAAAGGACGGUAUCAAUAAAAAUAACAUUACCGGAGAGAAUUGCAAAGUAUUUGUUUAGAAAUGAAAGUCAAACUUCUUCUGACGAUGUAGAAAUCUUGAAUACUGGAAGCAGUAAUUACGUGGUAUAUGCAAAUAAUCUUUCUUCAAAUUCUGGAACUUCACCAAUACCCAUUGGAAAAUUAUCAUUAAUAAAAAAUUCUAACCUUUCAAAUUCACAGGACUUGGUGUUUUCGUUUUUGGCUGACUCUUUAAACGCUGCGAAAGAAUACAGUAACAUAGCUAAACAGAACAUACAAUCUUCUACAAAUACACCACCAAACAAUUUCAGAAACAGCGAUGAUCAACGAUUUUCUAACAAAAUAUCACAGUUAACAUCUUCACAAUUCGCAACGAAUAAUAAUGUGAGAAAUAAGAAUGUGCAACAAUUUUCACCGCAACCUCAAGAUAUUUCUAGAAUUAAAGAAUCUUCACAAUUCAACAACAACCGACAACAACACGGUUUCCAACAACCAAAACUACAGCAAAUCACAACACCUUCCCAACCUUUUACCCAAAAUCAACAACAGGCUGCUCGAAUUCAAGACUCCAGAAACAAAUUACAAAACGUUCAAAAUCAAAACCACAUAUACAGCGGCCAAUUGUAUCAGCAUCCUGUUCCUGAAGUUACUCGAGAUUACUACAACACACCAAACAAUCAAUUGAAACAGUUAAAGGACUUUGAAAUUAUACCAUCAAGGCAAAUACCAUUUUCAUACCAACAAAAUUCUUACAAUCAAGAAUCAUCUAGUGAACAUAACAGUAUCCAAACCAAAGAAUUAAAUAACUUAAUUCGCUCUGGGAAUGGAAUAACAGCGCAAUUGCAAGACAGCAUUGUAGGAACACUACCUCAUCCAAUAGAAAGUGAUAAAUUGUUAACAUAUAAGAAGGACCAAUCCUAUUAUAUAUUCUCACAAUUAAAUAAUAACGACCAUGAAAAUAAUCGUAUUAAUAGUGAAAAAUCUAAUGAUAAAUCGAAUGCUGCAUUACAAAUCAUUCCAUCAGUUGCAUUUAAAGUAAAUGAUGUAAACGAACAGCAUAAAUUUUUAAAAACGUUCAAAAUAAAUGAUUUUGGCGUACCUCAAGGAGCAGUUGAUGGUUACAGAAAUCCAAAUCAAAGACAAGACAUUAGCACAGACGUUGAUUUUACAGUGAGUCACCCUAACUUUGGUGAUAAAAUUAAUGAAGUUGAUACAUAUAAUGGACCGUCCUCAUACAACGCUCCACAGACCUUGUAUAAUUAUGAAAGGCCACAACAAUUAAUGGAUAAUAAUCAAAAUUCCAAAAUAGAAAAUUUAGAUAGUAAUGAACCCAAUGGUUAUCCAAAAACUUCUCCACUACGAAAGUUUAACACAUAAACAUACUUAAUAUGUCAAUUUAAGAAGUCCAAUUUUAGUAAGGUAUUUGUGAUUGUAAGCUAUUUAUGUUAUAUUAACAAUGUAAGUUUAAAUAUUUACAUCAUUGUAAGCAUGAUUUGUAUGUUGUUGUAACCUGUAUAAUAAUUAAUUUUAAGCUAAUAAAUACUGUGAAUUAAACGUGUAAUAAAAAAUGUAUUGAAGAGUCGUA